GUUAGAAAUCAGGUAUAGGGACAUGUGUGCAUCGAAAUGGCUGAUGAUGAUAAUACAAAGUAUUCUUAUCUCUUCAGGAGGUGUAGAUGCAGUUACCACAACAAUACAAUGGACUGUAACUACAACGAGUGUUGAAACCACAACGACAAGACCAUCAACAACGGUUGUUGAUCUAACAACAACAGCAGGGUUCACAACGGUAUUUCCGACGACUUUCAGUUCUGACAUUACCACCGAUACAUCCGAAACGCUGUCACCAUCAACAAUAACGGUGAAUCCGGUAAUUACCACGAUGGAAAGUACAAGUACAACUGAGGAUGCAACAACUGACCCUAUUUACCCGGCUACAACGUUCCCAGCCAACUCAAGAGCGACAACUAAUGAGUUUGAAUCAACUUCCACCGUCGAAACAGGCCGAGACAACUCAACAGUUACGACCUGUGAACAAAGCACUCAAAUAGAAGACCUUGAAGGAAGACUUGUGGCCGUCACAGCCUUGGCGGCGGGGUUUGGUGUGACGUCAGCAAUACUGUUAGUACUACUCAUCUUUCUGCACAGAGGAACAAUUGCGUUCAAACUGAGACAAUUGUGUAACAUGAAACAAAGACCAUCAGAGCUCCGCAACAGAAAUCAGUUGCAGAUGGACCACAGGUUUGGUACGAACAGCCACAUCUACACCGAUUUGCGGAGAGAAUUACAAGGCGAGAAUCUGGAGUCUACCGUUAACGAUGCUCCGGUCUAUGUGAAUUCCGCGCAAGUGCCCGGGGAUGCAAUAUACGUCAAUACUGGAACACGGACGGGCACGUUCACGCCAUAGCAAGACGAGUGUGUACUAAAUAUUAUAUAUCUGCAGGUUUUCAGAAACAAAUGAUAAAACGCAUAUGUGUAUUUUUAUAUAUAUUUCUUUACUUGAUUGGAGUUCUACACCGUACUCAAGAAUAUUUCGCUUAAUUUUUUUUUGAUUGCUGUUUUACGCCGUACUAAAAAAUAUUUCACUUCUACGACGGCGGCCAGCAUUAUGAUGGGAGGAAACCGGGCAGAGCCCGGGGGGAACCCACGACCAUCCGCAGGUUGCUGCAAGACCUUCCCACGUACGGCCGGAGAGGAAGCCAGCAUGGGCUGGACUUGAACUCACUGCGACCACUCCUGGGUCAUUACGCUGCGCUAGCUCGCUAACCAACUGAACCACGGAGGCUGCCAUUUUCAUGUAACAAAUCUGUCUCAUUCAAAAGGUAAUUAGUUUAUGGGCUGUUAUUUUCGACCAAGUUGCACACAGUAAAAUGUCAGGAUGUGAGUAACCACGAAACAUUCCACAGAAACUAAUCCAGCGAUGACACCAGGGGUCCCGUUCUACAAAGCUGUCGAGAACAAAAUUUUCAAUUCAAACCAUACAAGCAGUGAAAGGCGCUUGGGGCAGCGGUGCAACAGCUUUGUAGAAUGGACCUCAGCUGCUGAAAAAAAUUACCUCCGUCUCAGAAUGGGGUUCAACAUCAUACUGUGCCAACUAACAUAACGGUCAACAGAAGACUCUGUACAAAAUAUUGUGUGAAUUUCACAACAAUCUGAUAUAUAAACUAAUUGUCAGUCACCUCGUAAACAUUUUUCAUUCGCCAUUGAUUUAUGCAUGCCUUUAACCAUAAGAGGUUUUGUCACGUGACAAAUGUCGGCGGUUCUACCCGGGUAAGCUGGUUACCUCCAGCAAUUUACCAGGCCGCGACCAUGUAAAUAAAACAUGAUUGAACACGGUGUUAAAUAAAUAUAUUUAAUUAAUCAGUUGAUUGGUGUGGUCGAAUCCAUGUCCUUUAUCUUCAGCUCCGGCUUGUGGUCGGAAGAUUUGUUAGGCUUCUAACCAAGAGCCAUGGGUUCAUUCAUCCAAUUAUCUAUCGACAGACUUCUAACCAAGAGCCAUGGGUUCAUUGAUCCGAACAUCUGUCGACAGACUUCUAACCAAGAACCAUGGGUUCAUUCAUCUAAUCAUCUAUCGACAGACUUCUAACCAAGAGCCAUGGGUUCAUUCAUCCAAUCAUCUAUCGACAGACUUCUAACCAAGAGCCAUGGGAUCAUUCAUCCAAUCAUCUAUCGACAGACUUCUAACCAAGAGCCAUGGGCUCAUUCAUCCAAUCAUCUAUCGACAGACUUCUAACCAAGAGCCAUGGGCUGAUUCAUCCAAUCAUCUAUCGACAGACUUCUAACCAAGAGCCAU